AUUUUUAAAAGGUUUUUAGUGUCCUUUAUAUAACUUGCGCAUUUGUUCACCAGUCGCCACUUUGUUUUUGUUGCAAGCACCUCUUUAUCAUGCUUGUUUUUAUUGCACUCAGGACAAUAAAGUUGGUUGUUUAGAUUAGUUGGUCCUUGUUUCCCCUCCCCUUGUGGGAGGGGAACAUUAGGCCUCCUCAGUAUAAAAGAGUGUGUUGGAGAGAGACAAAAUGUAUGCCAUGACUAAGGGCCAAAUGGCCUGAAACGCGUCGGCGUCCAGAGGUGCUCCAAGCUUGCACAUAUGCACUUUUGUCCUAGUGCUAAUUUUUUCCUCUGCUUGUCUAUGGACUUUUAACAUGGAUUUCAAUAAAGGAAUGGCUUUACAUAGUGCUGGCUCCACCUUCUCCUCUGAACUGUGAGGCUGGCCGCGCAAGUGUGGAACAGUAAAAAGGGAAGUAAUAUUGGUGAGAUCACAUGUAAGAGACUGCAGACGAGAGACCUGGACAGAGAGCGCACAGAAGGUGCAGGGGCGAGAGACUGUCACAGUAAAGAAGACCAAGAGCUUCAGAGAUGGGAAAUCUGUGGAAAAUCAUCAUCGUCUGCGUCUACAUACAAGCUUGUUUUGGUGAGCGAGACCCUGCACCUGCCCAAAUAAGCGAAACUCUUCAAUGUGCAAGGUGCCCAAAGAAGACUACAACAACAACCCACCGCACAACAACCCACUCCACAACACAUACAACGCACAUUACUACUUUAAACACAACUACGCCUCACCCUACUACACACACAAACCACACAUCUACACCCCAUCCCACUACACACACAAACCACACAUCUACACCCCAUCCCACUACACACACAAACCACACAUCUACACCCCAUCCCACUACACACACAAACCACACAUCUACACCCCAUCCCACUACACACACAAACCACACAUCUACACCCCAUCCCACUACACACACAAACCACACAUCUACACCCCAUCCCACUACACACACAAACCACACAUCUACACCCCAUCCCACUACACACACAAACCACACAUCUACACCCCAUCCCACUACACACACAAACCACACAUCUACACCCCAUCCCACUACACACACAAACCACACAUCUACACCCCAUCCCACUACACACACAAACCACACAUCUACACCCCAUCCCACUACACACACAAACCACACAACCUACCCCCCUACCACGGUUCCUCCUUCUACAGAAUACAUAGUCAAUGGCACAACAGGCAUAUGCUUGAGGAUAACCGCAUCCUUCAAUAUAUCAAUCAAUGAUACAACAAGGCGAGAGAUUGUGAUCCCACCAGCCCCGAAAACAAAGGCGUCUGGAAACUGCUUUGCCGAAAAAGCCUGGCUGACCCUGACUUUUCCACAUGGACAACUUACGGUCACAUUCAUACAGGAUACAAAAAACAACGAAUUCUUCCUGGGAGAAGUUAAUAUAACUCUGAUGAACACAGGAUCGGAGAAGUUUGAUAACGCCAGCCUAAAGGACAUGGUCACUCCUCUUAAACAUUCCUUCUCUUGUGACAAAGUAGACAUUCAAGUGACCUCAAAAGUGAGCUUUUCAGUCAUGAACGUCAAGGCUCAAGCCUUUCAACUAGAUAACGGAAACUACGGACCAGAGAUUAAAUGUUCCAAAGGAUCGCCCAACAUGACGGUCGCGAUUGUGGUCGGAGUCAUCCUGGUGGUGUUGAUUUUGAUUGUCGUCAUUGCUUACUUUGUUGCCCGCCGGCGGAGUCAAAGUGGUUACCAACCACUUUGAGAUGUACCGGGAAACAAGACGAAAUGUCCCAGUUCCGAUAGUUAUUAAACACAUCUCUUCUGUUCU